GCCCAUCAAUAUUUAUAUCAAUUUUGGUAGAAUAAUUGUCAGAAAUUAGAAGUGAUAAAAAACGAAAUAGCGAUAAUUAUAUUUUCAUAUUUUAUAGAUUGUGUCGCCACGAAAUUAUUUUAGACAGUUCGUCGCUAGCUCGAGUAAGUGAAAGUUGUUGUUAACGCAUUAAAAUAAAUUUCUUUCCUGCCUCAGUAGCAUACGGAAGAACACACGCGAUGGACAUCGUGGAGUCUUUGAUUAUCUUGCUCAGAUGUAUGCAAUUCAGUGCACUCUCGCAAUGGCGGAUCGAGCGUAAAACGGGCAAACGUUAUCUCUCACGUCUGCUCGAAAGUUAUGCCAUAUGUACAUUAAUCGUUUCGCUCGCUAUUUUACUUUUUGGCAUUUUUAAUGACAAAGAUUUCUUUCGUAAAUCGGAGAAUGAUGUCGGUCAAACGGUGGACUAUAUACAAUUAAUUGGUAUACGUGUAGCACAUAUUGUUACAAUUGUGGAGGCAUUUCUACGGCGACAUGGUCAGAAUUCUUUCAUACGGCAAGUACGAGAAAUGGAUCGUAUUUUCGAGUGUUCACUUAAUGUGGACGUGGAUAACCGUUCCUUCCGCAAAAAGAUUUUUCGUCGCGGCAUCGUUAUGAUCCUCAUAUAUGCUGGUACUGGAGCGCUAAAAUUGCUUACACAUUUUUUCACCAAUGAUAAGAACUUCUCCAUAUAUUGGGUAUUCUAUCUGCUGCCAUUAUGUAUUUGUGGCGUGCGUUAUUUUCAAAUAUUCUCCGCCAUUAUGAUUGUGAGUCAUCGGUUAGAUAAACUAGUAACGGCCAUGAAUGAACUAAAUCUGCUGCAUAGCAAGCCGAAAGCGGACAGCACUGACAGCUCCAUUAUAAACGUAAAGUCUAUAUCACAAGCACUGUCAGUCUAUGAAACAAGCGAGUAUCUAAAACAUAAGUAUGAUAUGGAAAAUCCAGAUAUGAAACGUUUACUCAUUAUACGAGAUCUCUACAAUCGUUUGUGGGAGUUGACUGCCACGAUCAAUAGCGAUUUCGGCAUUUCAAUUUUGACAAAUGUGGGCAAUGACUUUAUAUCCAUCACCUCGAAUUGUUAUUGGAUUUUUCUGAAUUUCAAAAGUUAUGCAGCAACUUUAGAAAAUUUCUUGCAAAUCGCUAGCAGUUUUAUCUGGUCAAUGCCGCAUCUCUUCAAUGUACUAAUGUUGGCCCUCCUCUGUGAACGUACGGUUCAACGGACUACCGCAAUUGCUUUGGGCCUUCAUCGUAUCGAGACUAAUAUUUCGAACGACAACCAUAACACCGUGAUCGAGCAAUUCUCCUUACAACUACUGCAUCAAAAGCUAGCCUUCUCAGCCGCUGGAUUCUUUGAUAUCAAUUGUUCAUUACUCUACACCAUCGCUGGUGCUACAACAACAUAUCUCAUAAUACUUAUACAGUUUCAUAUGAGCGAAGAUAAGUUAACAGGAAACUGA